UUAUUUAUCUGUGAAGACGCAGCGCUGUUGUCGCACAUUGAGCUUCAGUCGCAAAAGGGCAGCAGUGAACCAGGUUCCGUCAGCCAGUCAGCACCUGUCAAAGAGAUGAAGACGGCUGUUGUGUUCGCCUUCAUGGCCUUCAUGGCCUGCUGGGCGGCCUCAGCGCUGUCAUUGGCUGAAGAUGAAAAUAAUUCCUUACCUUCUGCAACCAUGAACUCCGCGGAGGAGUUUUACAGUGCUACUAAGACUACCCCCAAGACUACCCCCAAGACUACCCCCAAGACUACCCCCACGACUACUCCCACGACUACCCCCACGACUACCCCCACGACUACCCCCACGACUACCCCCAAGACUACCCCCACGACUACCCCCACGACUACCCCCACGACUACCCCCAAGCCUACCCCCAAGCCUACCCCCAAGCCUACCCCCACGACUACCCCCACGACUACCCCCAAGCCUACCCCCAAGCCUACCCCCACGACUACCCCCAAGCCUACCCCCAAGCCUACCCCCAAGCCUACCCCCAAGCCUACCCCCACGACUACCCCCAAGACUACCCCCACGACUACCCCCAAGCCUACCCCCAAGCCUACCCCCAAGCCUACCCCCAAGCCUACCCCCAAGCCUACCCCCAAGCCUACCCCCAAGCCUACCCCCAAGCCUACCCCCAAGCCUACCCCCACGACUACCCCCACGACUACCCCCAAGACUACCCCCAAGCCUACCCCCACGACUACCCCCAAGCCCACCACCCCUCCCCCUCCCAAACCUACUCCCUCCGUCAACAUUACUGUAGGAAACUACACAGUGAUGUCGGACACAAAUGUGACUUGCCUGGUGGCUCAGAUGGCACUACAGAUCCGACUGGCAACACCAAAGGCCAAUGGAACCUUCAUUGUUCAGCCAAAGAAGACGAAAGCAUUAGGAGGCUGUAAAGGAACCACGGCCAAUCUUACCCUUGUCUUCCAAGAGGGCCACAUCACCUUCCUGUUCAACAAGAGCGCUGAUAAUACCGUCUACGUUGAUGCGCUGUCUUUCAACCUCUCCUACCCCUUAACCCCAGGAGGCCAAACCCGGUACACUGCCAACAACAAGUCGUUGCAUCUCUUCCCUGCAAAGGCCGGACACUCCUACUCCUGCAGGCAUGAGCCUCUCGAAAUGGGGAAUGGACUGUACCUUGAUGUGGAUCAGGACACGAUGCAGGCCUUCAAUCUGACCAAGAGCGGCGGCUUUGGCUCUCCUGAGCCCUGUCCUACAGACCGGCCUGACUACCGCGUUGCCAUCGCGGUUGGAGUGACGUUGCUGGUGCUCAUUGUCGUAGUGGUGGUGGCCUACCUGCUGGGCCGCAGGAAGAGGACCGAUGGCUACCAGUCCCUGUGAGGGGGGCCGGGCCGCCUCACAGUUCAGAGGUCACUCCUAUUAUAAACCAAAGUCUGUGUGGCGGGGAUCUUUCUCCGUGGCUAAAGAGUCCAUCCACUAAAAUCUAGCAUGCCAUUUUUCUGUUCUGUUAUGCCUUGGUUGACUUAACGUGCUGUUAUUAACCAGAGGUUCCAAGUGUGGAGGCUGGAGCGUGCCACUGGAAUAAUUGUAAGUCUCGAAAGUGGUGAUUUAUAAUCAUGCUAUUAUAAAAUAAAUUAAUCAAAUUCAUGAAAUGAAAGUUUAAAAAAAAUUAGUUCAUAACAUUAGCAAAUGAAUCCCUCUUUUAUAUCUUUAUAAUUGCUGAAUGACUCAUUUGAUUUUAAAAUGGACUCUCAAAAUUCAUUACAAUUUUUUUUUUUUGGUGUAUCAUUCUUUUUCACAAUUCAUUAGUUUUUUCAUUCUUAAAAAAAAGAGUUGUGUUUAAUUGAACAACUCCGAUGUUUUAUUUAAAAAAUAAUUAAGAACAAAUACACUGGUUCAAAACAAGACAUCAGAAAUGUUAAAUACGUUGAUCACAAUUUAAAAUGUUAAAACAGGCUUCAACAUCUUUAGUUUGAAUUAUAGCACAAAAAAACAAGAGAGACUAUUUAAUAAAUACAUUUUAAAGCAGCUUUUGUAUUAUCAUUCCAGUGGCACGCUCCAUACAUAGGAGUUUUUUUCAAUAUAAGACAACAUCUUUUCGAUUUAACUUGACAAUAUUUUGUAAUUUUUGUUUUUAUGCCAAUUAGACAAAGUUACUCAUGUAUUCUCAUCAGGCUGGACAAUCCUCUGAAAUGUCAUUUCUAUAUUGGAACACUGAAAAUGACGAUGCUAAUAAUGACAUUCUUUACAGGCUGACAUCCUAAAUGCAUAAAGUAAAAACUGACUAAAAUGUGUGUUUAGAAUGAGUGCAGGUUAUCAGUUUAUUAGUGUACAAUACUGUGAUAAUGAUGCACUUUUGAAGACUUGCAUUUCAGUCUAACCCAACAUUACACAAGUAAGCCAGAUUUUAUCGUUGGUUCUAUCUCAAUUAUAUUCAGCUUGUCUAAGGAAAUACACGAUUAAGUAAAUUUAAGUUUUUCCUUCAUUGUUUAAAGAUUAUGUGGAAAUGUUUUGUUCCGUUUUUGUUUUUUUAGAAUCAAAUAUUUUGUGCUCGUCUUCUAGGGAUUGUAUUUUUUUUAAAGAAGGGAAGUUAUAUCCAUAAUGUUACAGGUGAUCAUACCGAGUGUGUGCUGCAUUAUUGAUUAUCGCAAAGGGAAAAUUACAGGAAUGUUCGGCAGGGAUUAUUAAAACAUAGUCAAUAUUUGCACUGAUUGCUGUUCCAACUUGAUUGUCUCUGUCAUACGUAUCUUCAUGUAAAGAGAUGGCCUGUCUCUGUGGGUCAGUCUGGUCCUGAUUAGACUCACAAUGAGUAACACAUUGAUCUCUUUCCUCGCUAACUACUCACACAGUUUACUGCCCAAAAUAAAAGGGGAAAUACGACUAUUC